CAGACCUGUCAAUAAAAGAGCGUAAUUGACAUAAGCGGUUUCCCAUUCUGUGUAUCCUGUGGGUGGACGUGUAUCUUUUCAAUCAAUCAUGUCUCCAACUUACGCGGAACACCUCAACGUCAUCAAGGGCUUUUGUGACAAGGCAGAUGGCAAGGACAAGCUCACCGCGCUUAUACAGUAUGCGUGCAUGUUUAUUUCAGCUGGCGAGCCUGGCAAUAUUAAGAAAAUCCAGGCGUCUGUGACAGCCGCGCGCAAGGUCUUCCGUGUCAUGCGGCCCCUCGAGCUGGUGACACCCUUGCUCAUCCAGCCAGGUUUCACGGGGAAGCAGCCGAUGCUCCUGGAGGCCGUAAACAAGGUGAAGGCGGUGCUCAUGGCGGUGUACUUCGGUGCCGACCAUGUUGUAUGGGCACACCAAAUCGGUCUCAUUUCUGACAAGAAGGUUGGAGAGCGAUACCAGAAGCUGUCGCUCUGGUCUUGGGCGCUCGGUUCACUGUGCACAGUGGCGACGGAGAGCUGGCAGAUCACGGCAUCCAGCGUUGCGCGCAAAGAAGGCGAAACGGAGGAGGAAUACGGCAAGCGCGUUGAGGAGGUCAAAAAACAAAUCAACCAGCGCCUAUACGUCCUUAUCCAUGCACUCUUCCAAGCUGCCCUGGCGACAGGUCUCCUGCAGCUCGUGCCCCUGAAGCCGCGCACAGUCGGUUUCCUCGGCGUUGUGGCAUCUGCAAUGAACUGCUACAUGCUGCUGCCGGCUUACCCCAAGCCAGCACCCAAGGCCAAGACUCAGUGAAAAGGCCCAUCGCCGUCGUCUGCUGAAUUGUCGUCUUUGGACGAGAUUUUGUUGGUCUGCUGGGCUCCGAGUCUUGUGGGCGGCGCAACCUUUGGGCCUGGUGCUUUUGGCUUUGGCGCCACUUGUUUCUAGCUUGACAUACAUCUGUGAUGAGGCUUGUGAAUGGUGUGGUUGUCGGCUAUGUUUUUGAGUGCGGCGCGGCUGACCCGGGGUAAAGGCAGGUAUUGACUGACCCGGGGGAUACGGUCUUGCGCCGCAUGUCGUGUCUGUUCUUUCGAAGUUGCCGAUGCGGAGGACAAGUACUCGUGAGGCUUGCUAACGCAGGGGGACUUGCUAUUACUGGCUGCUACAUUGGCAGUCUGUACUGACGUGGCGGAAUGGGGAUUGAAUAUUAUCCCUUCCUGGCCAAUCAAUAUGCAAAAGCAUUGGGUGCGCUGUGGUCGGAUCAUAAUUGCCAUUGAGCUAUAACAAAGCUCCAUGCGUCGAUCGGUCGUGGAGCUUCUUUCGGGCUUGACCGUUAUCAUAAGUUUAGGCUGUUUUUGCUUAGUAUAGAUUGCCCAAAUUUAUUGCCGCUUAGGUAGAUUGCUCAAAUUCCGCUGGAUGUAAUUUGCUGUGUAAACUGGCUUUUGCUCCUAUCG